ACCCCUCAUCAAGCCCUACUGAGCUGCUCCGUGUAUCUCCUGGUCUCCUUCCCUCAGACCUCAUCUCUCCGUUAGCUAGCAGACCCAGAGGACGUGUACACCAGCAGCCCAAUGGAGCAGACAGUGGUGCUGAUCACAGGAUGCUCCUCGGGGAUAGGCCUCAGUCUGGCCGUCCGGCUGGCCUCGGAUCCAGCGAAAAUGUACAAAGUCUAUGCCACCAUGAGGAAUCUUGCCAAGAAGGAGCGUCUACUGGACUGUGUGAAGGGCCUGCACAAGGACACCCUGGACAUCCUCCAGAUGGACAUCACUGACCAGCGGUCCAUUCUGGAUGCCAGGGACAGGGUCAGGGAGAAGAGGGUGAACAUUCUGGUGUGUAAUGCUGGUGUGGGGUUGAUGGGGCCGCUGGAGGCCCAGUCCCUAGCCACCAUGAGGCAGAUCCUGGAGGUCAACCUCCUGGGCACCAUCAGCACCAUCCAGGCCUUCCUACCAGGGAUGAAGGCCCAGGGCCAUGGACGCAUCCUGGUCACUGGCAGCAUCGGUGGGCUACAGGGACUCCCCUUUAAUGAGGUGUACUGUGCCAGUAAGUUUGCAGUAGAGGGCGCCUGUGAGAGUCUGGCCAUUCUCCUGCAGCACUUCAACAUCCAUGUGAGUCUUAUUGAGUGCGGCCCUGUCAACACGGAUUUCCUGGACAACCUGCAGAGGGCAGAGCCAGGGGACUCUUCGCUGCAGCAGGUCGACGCCCACACACGCAGCCUCUAUGACACGUACCUGCAACACUGUGGGAUGGUGUUCCAGAACGCAGCUCAGGACACAGAGGAUAUUGUGAAGGUAUUUCUGGAUGCCAUCCAGUCAUCGAACCCUGCAUUCAGAUACUACACCAACAAUGCCCUCAUUCCGCUCAGCAGCCCUAAGAUCUCAGCACUGGACGGGUCCCAGUACAUCAGAAAUAUGAGCAAGAUCAUCUUCUCAACCAAUGGGAAAGGGGAACAGAAAUAGCCAUCAAACUAUAUAAUAUAAUAUAACCCUUUACUUUAUACAUGCAGUACCAGUCAACAGUUUUAGAACACCUAUUCAU